UAAGUACAAAAUAUUUGGUGACUUUGAACGACUCCUGGCUCUUGGGCUUGGAGUCUUCUUCUGAUUCCGCGGGGUUUCUCGUCUUCGUCCCCUUCUUCGCUACAUAUCCGCGUAAAAUCAGCGCUCGACACGAUUCAAAACCAGUUAUUUCAAGUUUUCCUGAAUCGAAUUGAAAACCAAUUUUCCUUUCCACUAUUGUUUUCAUUUGGAAUUUUCGAUGGGAACUCCAGAAUUCCCUGAUCUGGGUAAGCAUUGCUCCGUUGAAGAAUGCAAACAGAUCGACUUCUUACCCUUCACCUGUGAUCGCUGCCGCCUGGUGUUUUGUUUGGAGCAUCGUAGUUACAUUAAACAUCAUUGUCCAAAGGCUGAUAGAAACGAUGUCACUGUUGUCAUUUGUCCACUCUGCGCCAAAGGUGUUCGUCUAAAUCCUGAUGAGGACGCAAAUAUUACUUGGGAGACACAUGUUAACACUGAUUGUGAUCCCUCAAAUUAUGACAGGGUCACGAAGAAGAAAACAUGUCCAGUACCCAGAUGCAAGGAGAUCCUAACUUUUUCAAACACAAUCAAGUGCAGGGACUGCUUGGUAGACCAUUGUUUGAAGCACCGGUUUGGACCUGACCACAAAUGUCCUGGACCAAAGAAACCAGAAUCAAGUUUUGGAUUUAUGGGUCUUCUAAAUAGGAGUAAGAAAGAGGAGCAGAAACCAAGUAGGGCUCCUGCUACAACUUCUUCAAAGUGGGCUUCCAGCUUUCUUAAUGUUGCAUCUAGUGUUCGAGCCUCUGCUGAAGCAAGUGUAACAAAGUUGAGCAAUGAAAUUAGCCAAAAAUGGCAGAUUACAAAGGAUGGUGUGGGACAGAGCAGUAGCAGCAGUAAUAGCAAUGACCAGAUGGAGGUAUGCCCGCAAUGUGGUGCAAAGUUUUCUUCUGUUACAACUCUGGUGGAUCAUGUGGAGAAAGUCCAUGAAAGGGGUGGUGGUAACAGAGUAGGGGGAAAGAAAGUGACAAUUGAUGCAUGCCCCAAGUGUAGUAAAGGAUUCCGGGAUCCUGUUGCACUUGUAGAACAUGUUGAGAGGGAGCAUGGCGGUACUUCACGAGCGUAGAUGAUCAUGUCAAUACAAGUUCACUUCCAGUGAAGCUAUUCUUAUUCUUUUCUAUUAGAUUUGGAUUCCAUGGUUCCGAGGUUGUCAAAUGCAGAAGUCUCUGGAGCAGUCAGUCAAUUAUUUUUCCUCGAACUGUAUUUAACUUCAAAAUGGCCAAUCGUGCAUGUUGGACUAACCUUCUGAAGUCAAAUCUAGCUCAUGAUUCGUUUAGUGGUUUGAGUUGCUGAAGUCGGACCUAGCUAUGUUGUCCUUUGAAUUCAAAGAACAGGAAAAAAAAAACAAAGUGUUUCAAAUUGCAAAUAUAUUUAUAUUCAUUCAUGCCUUCCUGUUUGAGCGUUUUCCUCUUCAGUUAUGUGUAGUUUGAAGGAGUUGGUACAUUACCGAAGUGCCCAUUUAGUACUUUCCUUUCAACUAUGAAAAAUUUCUCAGAAUUUAUAUUAACUAUUAGUUGAGUGCA